ACCACCCCGGGCGAUGCUUUAAAGUGGGGACUCUCAGCCCCGGUGGUUAGUCUCGUGAUACGCCAGUGGGGCUAGUGUACUGGUUAGCUGUACCCAGGGGCAGCGAGAGAACAGGAUUAGCCAUGUCGUCCUUGAUCAGGAAGGUAAUCAGCACCGCCAAGGCCCCAGCGGCCCUUGGUCCCUACAGUCAGGCUGUGUUAGUCGACAGGACCAUUUACAUUUCAGGACAGCUAGGCAUGGACCCUGCAAGUGGACAGCUUGUGCCAGGAGGAGUGGCAGAAGAAGCUAAACAGGCUCUUACAAACAUAGGUGAAAUUCUGAAAGCUGCAGGCUGUGACUUCACGAAUGUGGUGAAAACAACAGUUAUGCUGGCUGACAUAAAUGACUUCAGUACUGUCAAUGACAUCUACAAAGAGUAUUUCAAGAGUAGUUUUCCUGCAAGAGCUGCCUACCAGGUUGCUGCUUUGCCCAAAGGAGGCCAUGUUGAGAUUGAAGCAGUAGCUGUCCAAGGACCUCUCCAGACAGCAUCACUCUAAGUGGGCCCAGUGUUACUUAAUCUGGAAUUUUAAUAAUGUUUUUAAUUAAUUCAGCUAAUGUCUUACUUUUUAUAAUUGAUGUUGGGAAGUGUAAGGUUGAUGGGCAUAUCUGAAGUUACUAUGGAAAUACCAUAUAAUAAGGGGGAUUGAACACAAAUUGAAGAUUAAUGAUGAAUCUAGUUACUGAUGUUAUAAAGUACACUUAUAACACUCGUAUCAUUGGAUGUGGGAAAAGAGACACACAUUACAUAGUUACUCAGAUAAAUAAAAGGAAAGGGAAAUAGCAUGUAGGAAAGAUGAGUCGCUAAUUCCUGAGAAAUAAAGAGCACACCUAAUUCAAUUAAACCCUAUUAAGUCAAUGAUGUGAAAUAUUUAGCUCUCAUGUCAGAUACAUGAUUCUGCUUUUGCUUGAAUAAAAUUCAAGUGUUUGAGUUUGAAUGGUAGAGAUGAAGAAGAAACUGGGCCAAAAGGAGAAGAAACAGGGCCAAAAUUUUAUAUAGAUGAUACUUUUCUAAUGGAAAUAAAAUAGCAUGCAGAUUUUC